AUGGGUGCCUGGAUUCUGCCGUUGCUAGGCGUGGCGCCUUAUGCUCCGGAAGGCAUAGAGCAGGCGAAAAAGCAGACUGCUCAAGCUAUUCAGAUCUUCGAGAACCAUCUGCAGGAUAAGAGAUACCUCGUGGCAGAUCGCUUGACCUUAGCGGAUCUGUUCUGCGCCGGGCUGGUUAGUUUCGGCUUUGCAAAAGUCUUUGACAAGGUCUGGAGAGCACGAUUUCCUUGCUUCACGGCCUGGUAUGAGAUGACAACAGCCUUGGAUAUGUACCGAGCAGUUGUCCCUAAUAUUGUCAUGGUAGAUACUGCUCUAGGACCACCACACCCAUCCAUGAGAGGCAGUUAUACUGCAGACGAUUAG